UUUGCUUGUUAUUGGGCAAGGCCCUAUAUUUUGGGCAUUUUGAUUUGAAAUCCACAACAACGGGCUUGAUAACAUCGAAAAUAAUCAUCAAUAUCAGCAUUUUCGUGCUUGGAACAUGCAUAGCCGUGCAAAGAAUAUGUGUUCAAAGCUGGUGGAUCAGGAGCUAGAGGGUCCUACUAAAUCAAGCACAGAUAGCCAUCACCAGCACCUCCACCAUUGCGAUGAUGCUGACAACCAGGAGGCACAUCAUGAGGACACUCUCUGCUUGUCCUCGGUAGCUGAGAAUAGCUGGUGGGGACAGCUGCUUGGUCAAAAUGAGCAGGCUGAGAUUCUACAGCCGUCCCUGUCACUGGUCUCUGCGGCGGCCGCCAGCACAAGUGGCGACGCCCGGCAGCUGGCGUGCUCCGGUAUCUCUGACCUGAUGAUCUGCGCCGGCGACUGGCCGUCACCUCAGCCGGCCACCCUCGCCGUCCUCGAGCCGGUGCUGGGCCGUGAGGUGGCCGCCCUGGCGCGCCGCGCCGCCGGCGGGCCUACCGUGCGCAAGGGCGCCUCGCUCGGCAUUGCCAACCUCCUGUGGGCCGCGCGCAGAGACGCUGUCAUCGUGGCCCGGCUGAUGGAGUUUCUGGAGGUCCGCCGGUGUGCGGUGGACGCCGCGGCUGCCGCCAGCGCCUCGACCCCUGAGAUGGAGGACGCGGCGCCGUACACGGUGCUCAACCGCUGCCGCCAGUUCUGUGAGAACAUUGGCACGCCGCCGCCGCCGGCCGAGGACGCUGAGGCGGCCGCGCGGCGCGCCCGGCUCGACCGGCUGACCCGGCUGAUGAGUGGCGAGCAGUACCGCGCGUUCACGGCCGUGCGUAUCAGGGCGGCGCCGCGCGGCAGGGCUCUGCGCGCCUGGCUGGACGACCACUGGCCGGCCGGUGUGCCGCCGGCGCGCGGGCUCUCGCUGCUGGCGCUCCAGUUUCUGCUGAGGGAACUGGUAGCCAUGCUGGUGGACGCGUGUAUGCUGGUGCGAGCGGAGACGUGCGGCGAGCCGGCCGGCCUGCCCACCGAGAGUCUGACCCCGGAGCACGCCCGAGAGGCGGUGCGGCGCCUGCAGAUGGCAGCACCGCCCGGCGCGGACAUGCUGCUCGUGCGGUGACGGCGCUUCGUGUCGGUAGGUGGCGGCACCGGUCAUCUGGUGCUGGUUUCGGAUGAUGCUCUCCAGCGUCCGCCUCACUUGCUGCUGAUGGGAUUGAAACGUUAAAGGGACUAUCCCACCUUUAACAUGGGGUUUGAGCUGAGAUAGCCAAGUUUGCGGCGAGGUUCAGAAACCACUAUCUAUCUAGGUUGCAACCCCCGCGGCCUC